UUCUUCGCUCGCAUGGCCAGUCGCUCGCAGCAGGGGAACUUUAUUCAUCUCCCGACUCGCGGUAGUCUCUCCUGUGUCCCGUGGCUCGGUUCGCUCCUCGACCUGGAAUCGCCCACUGAGUCGGAGCUCAUCCACGGCGUUCUGUGCCAUGCAGGCAUCAAUGAGGGACCUACUUUCUCUUCGAAAGACGAUUUUGCUUCGGGGGCAGGCUGGCAGGUGGGGGAUAGGUGUUAGGUCAUUCAGCACUGAAGGUGCAAAAACUGCUAGUACGCCUCCACCGCCUCCACCGCCACCACCUCCUCCAGAGAAAACCCAUUUUGGUGGGCUAAAGGACGAGGAUCGGAUUUUCACCAACUUGUAUGGAUUGCAUGACCCUUUUCUGAAAGGUGCCAUGAAACGUGGUGACUGGUACAGGACAAAAGAUUUGGUAUUAAAGGGCACUGAUUGGAUUGUGAAUGAAAUGAAGAAGUCUGGUCUACGAGGGCGUGGUGGUGCUGGUUUCCCAUCAGGCCUGAAGUGGUCUUUCAUGCCAAAAGUAUCAGAUGGCCGUCCUUCCUAUCUUGUUGUCAACGCCGAUGAAAGUGAACCAGGAACAUGUAAAGAUAGGGAAAUUAUGCGUCACGAUCCUCAUAAGCUUCUUGAAGGAUGCUUAAUUGCUGGUGUAGGAAUGAGGGCAUCUGCCGCCUAUAUUUAUAUAAGGGGUGAAUACGUAAAUGAGCGUAUAAAUCUUGAACGGGCCAGAAAAGAGGCUUAUGAAGCUGGACUGUUGGGAAAGAAUGCAUGUGGAUCUGGCUACGAUUUUGAUGUCCACAUCCAUUAUGGUGCUGGAGCUUAUAUUUGUGGUGAAGAGACUGCACUAUUGGAAAGUCUUGAAGGGAAGCAAGGGAAGCCAAGGUUAAAGCCACCUUUCCCAGCUAAUGCUGGCUUGUAUGGCUGUCCUACCACUGUUACCAAUGUUGAAACUGUGGCUGUUUCUCCUACGAUUCUCAGACGUGGUCCAGAUUGGUUUGCCAGUUUUGGAAGGAAAAACAAUUCGGGUACAAAAUUGUUUUGUGUGUCGGGUCAUGUAAACAAGCCUUGCACAGUUGAGGAGGAAAUGAGUAUACCAUUGAAGGAGCUGAUAGAAAGACACUGCGGUGGCGUAAGGGGUGGAUGGGACAACUUACUUGCAGUAAUACCCGGUGGUUCAUCUGUCCCACUUAUCCCAAAGAACAUAUGCGAUGAUGUGAUGAUGGACUAUGAUGCUCUUAAGGCUGUCCAGUCUGGUCUAGGAACAGCAGCUGUUAUAGUCAUGGAUAAAUCCACCGAUGUUGUCGAUGCAAUCGCGAGGCUUUCUUAUUUCUAUAAGCAUGAGAGCUGUGGGCAGUGCACACCCUGCAGGGAAGGCACAGGAUGGCUCUGGAUGAUUAUGGAAAGGUUGAAAGUUGGGAAUGCCAAGUUGGAGGAAAUUGAUAUGCUGCAGGAGGUGACCAAGCAGAUUGAAGGGCACACAAUAUGUGCUUUAGGUGAUGCAGCUGCUUGGCCUGUCCAGGGUCUCAUUCGGCAUUUUAGGCCAGAACUCGAGAGGAGGAUUAUGGAACGAGCCGAGAGAGAGUUGCUGGAGGCUGCUGCUUAGUUUUCGUACUCAGGUAAAUCCCUUUAUUGGUGGAUAAUGUCGGAAUAACAAGAACAACUAUCCAAAAUUUGGGUUGAUGGGUGGAUCUGGCUUCUGGAUCUUUUGCAUUUCUACUUCUUGCUAAGCUGCACAGUGAGUUUGUUCACUGCUAAGGAAACGUAUCUGGACCGGGUUUAUGUGUUGUCAUAUAAUGUAUUAUGGGGACACUAACUAGCUCACAUUUUCCUGAAAGUUUGUCAAUAAAUCUUUUUAUGUUGUCCUCUUUGGUUGAUUUUGCUUGUUUGUAAGUAGACGUGGGGAAGCAUCUCCUUUGAGACAGUAUCAUUGUGCGGCAUGUCCAUAUCUUGAAUUUGAGCAUGGGAACACACAUCCACACACCAUGUGUUUGGUGAAUUCCAA